GGGGAUGUAAGGUGUGUAUAGCCAGUCCCAGUGUGGUGGAAAAGGGAGGGUAGUGGGGAGAGAAAGGAACGAGACUCGGGCGGAGCUAACUCCGUGUGCAAAGCAGGACAUGGAGGAACGCGGGUCUCCCGACGGGGACCCCGCGCGGAGCCUGGAGCAGGGGCCGGAGGGGCCAGAAACGCCCAUCCAGGUGGUGCUCAGGGUGCGUCCCAUGAACGCCGCCGAGUUGCGUCGAGGGGAACAGAGCGCGCUGCACUGCUCGGGAACCCGGACUCUGCAAGUGAGCCCCCCCGGCGGCGGCCCGGACGUGGCGUUCCGCUUCGGCGCCGUGCUGGACGCGGCGCGCACGCAGGAGGACGUGUUCCGGGCGUGCGGCGUGCGGCGCCUGGGCGAGCUGGCGCUGCGCGGCUUCUCCUGCACUGUCUUCACCUUCGGCCAGACCGGCUCCGGGAAGACCUACACCCUGACCGGGCCUCCUCCGCAGGGCGAGGGUGUGCCCGUACCCCACAACCUAGCUGGCAUCAUGCAGAGGACCUUCGCCUGGCUGUUAGACCGGGUGCAGCACCUGAGCGCGCCUGUUACCCUCCGUGCCUCCUAUUUGGAGAUCUACAAUGAGCAGGUUCGAGACCUUCUGAGCGUGGGAUCUCCCCGGCCCCUCCCUGUUCGCUGGAGCAAGACCCGGGGUUUCUAUGUGGAGCAGCUGCGGGUGGUGGAGUUUGGGAGUCUGGGGUCCCUGAUGGAACUUCUGCAAAUGGGUCUUAGCCGCCGACGGAGCUCAGCUCACACCCUGAACCAGGCCUCCAGCCGAAGCCAUGCCCUGCUCACACUCUACAUCAGCCGCCAAACUGUGAGUGUCCCCACGUGGGGAAGGAGCUGGCCCAGGGCCACCCAGCAGGGGUCUGCCUCUGGAUGUAGAAAGCGACUUGGGCAUGCGCUGGAGGUAUUAGUGGAAAUCGUUGGCUUUGUGACUUUGGUGGGGACGGCUCCUCCCGAGUCCCCAUCGAGCCCUGAUCUCCCUGUCCCACAGAUGCCUCCAGGGGAGCCCCCCAUGGGGGGGAAGCUGUGCUUUGUAGACCUGGCUGGCAGUGAGAAGGUGGCGGCCACAGGAUCCCGUGGGGAGCUGAUGCUUGAGGCGAACAGCAUCAACCGCAGCCUGCUGGCCCUGGGUCACUGCAUCUCCCUGUUGCUGGACCCACAGAGGAAGCAGAGCCACAUCCCCUUCCGGGACAGCAAGCUCACCAAGCUGCUGGCAGACUCGCUGGGGGGACGCGGGGUCACCCUCAUGGUGGCCUGCGUGUCCCCUUCAGCCCAGUGCCUUCCUGAGACUCUCAGCACCCUGCGAUAUGCAAGCCGAGCCCAGCGCGUCACCACUCGGCCACAGGCCCCCAAGUCGCCUAAGCAACCCCAGCGUUUGGAGAUUGAGAUAUUGCAGCUCCAGGAGGAGAACCGUUGCCUGCGGUCCCAACUGGGGCAAAUAGACCCCAAGGCCUCAAGUCUCAGUGGGGCACGGGUGGCCUGGGCCCAGCGGAACCUCUAUGGGAUGCUACAGGAGUUCAUGCUGGAGAAUGAGAGGCUUAGGAAAGAAAACAGCCAGCUGCAGGGUAGCCGGGACCGGGCCCGGGAUGAGCAGCGCAUCCUGGCCCAGCAGGUGCAGGAGCUGGAGCGGCGCCUCCUCUGUGCCUGCUCCCAUCACCAGCCCCACCCCGGCCCAGCCCCACAGUGUCCCUGUGUGAUGGCGCCGGCUCCGCCAUGCCACGCCCUGCCACCCCUCUGCUCCUGCCCCUGCCACAGCCUCUGCCCCCUGUGCCGAGCACCACUGGCCCACUGGGCCUGCGCACGGGGGGAGCACCACCUGCCCCAGGUGUUUGGCCCUAAGGCCCCAGGUGGCAUGCCCCUCUCUGCCCAGCCCCCACCCUGGGCACCCCCAUGCAACCCUGGCUCUGCCAAGUGUCCGAGAGAGAGGAGUCCUAGCGACUGGACUCAGACCCGAGUCCUGGCAGAGAUGCUGACGGAGGAGGAGGUGGUACCCUCUGCACCUCCCUUGCCCAUGGGGCCCCCGAACACGUCACCAGUGCUGAGAGGUGGGGCUGCAGUUCCAAACCUGGCCCGGAGACUGGAGGCCCUCAGAGACCAAAUUGGCAGCUCCCUCCGUCGCGGCCGGAGCCAGCCACCCCCCAGCGAGGCUACACGGAGCCCCAGCCGAGUCCUCCCUCCCUGCUGAGGGCAAAGCAGAAACCCAGGAGACCGCCGCGUGACCUUGGUCUGGGCUCUGCGCUCCAGGGCUCAGUCCCCCCAUCUGCUCAGUGGGGAUGGCAGCCGCCCUGCCAGGCAGAGGGGAGUUCCUGAGGGCCGCGGGUAGGAGCUGGUGGGCAGUUUGGGGGAGCAGAGGGAGGGUGCUGCCCCGGACUGUGAGAGAUGAGACUGGAUUUGGGAGAAGCCAGGCAGCAGGUGACGAAAUAGACGAAUAAAGAGAGGUGUCGGCUCCGAAUGUGGUGGGUCCUCUCUCGGGGCGUCAGGCACUUCUGCGUGGAGACAUCCCAGAGAGGAGGGACUCUCAGGGGAGCCCGAGGAGAAGAGGACUCUCGGCAGAGGUGCGUGCCCCUUCUGAUCAGGAAUAGUCCGGGUUGCCAUCUCCUUUGUAUAUGAUAGAAGUUUUAGUUGAGCAACUGCUACAUGUACCAGGGCAGACGUGGGGAAAUCAAAUGGUGAGCGUCUCCAUGCGGGAGUGUGAGGGAGACCAGUUCCAGCUGACCUUUGUGCGGGCUGCACGCGUGCUGGUGCUGGAGGGGUCCUGAGGUCUGAGUUCCGAUGCCACAGACUUCCUGGGACCUUGGACAGGCCUUGAACCGUCCCUGGAUCACUUUAUGGUAUUCAGCCAAUUAGAUGGGAGGUGAGACUCCUUGUCUGUGGAGUUCAAGUGAGGGUCAGGAGGUGAAGAGGAUAUCAGGAUCCCAGGGGGAUGCAGUGGGUCUACAAUUAGGGGGAAGUCCAGAUGUGACGUGAGAAAUUGGAGGUGCUAGUGGGAGGAUCUCAUUAAAGAAGGAGCGACGGGACUAAUCUUACUCUUCCAUUUUAUAGUUAGGGAAACUGAGACCCACAGGGCUCAUUCCUACCUUUGUUCGCUCAUUCAUUCAUUCAACACUCCUGGCAUCGGCACAAACCAGGGUGGUGAACAGGACUGACAAGGGACACGCUGGCUUUGCCCAGGAAGCUCACAGCAGCCAGUUAUUGAAAGGCAAGACGUGUGACUGGGCAUUUGGGGUGUCCAACAGUGGAGACUCAGUGGAAGGCCAGUGGAAGAAGGCGGAGCCCAGGACGAGGGGUGACAACCAGAGGCCACAGGCCACUGGGCCCAGCAGAGUGGGCUUGGUUAAGUCCGCAGACUGAACCACACACGGGCGCAUCUUGCCUCCUCACUUAACCACGAGUGAUCCUGGGCAAAUGACUUCACUGCUGCGAACCUGAGUCCUCACAUCUGCAGGAUGGCUACCAUAGUAGUACCCCCUCACUGGGCAGUUGCAGGGAUUAAGUCUACUUGUGGAUGGAAAGAGUACAGCACGAGGCUUUGCUUGUUGCAGACAGUUUAGCCAAAAGCAACUUUCAGUCAAUAUGACCAUUUGAUGAAAUCGAUCUGGGUUCAGAAAAAAUUCGUUCCACAAAUCCCUAUGGAGAACCCACUUUGGACCAGCCUUGAACAAAGCCUAAGAAUCCUUACCGUCACCGAACACAGGAAACAAGAAAAAGAGCAGAAUAGAGGGAACUUGGUGAUAAAUGCCAUGGAGCAAAAUCUAGCAGGGAGGUCCAUCUGCCAGGGUGGGUGCAAUUUUAAAUAGGGGGGUGCAGGUGACAUUCAUGCAGAGACCUGAAGGAGGGGAGGAGGGUGAACCUGGUUAGUGCCAUCUCUAUUCUAAGUAAUUGUGGUGCCACCUGGGCCCCAGUGGUUCAGCAUCCUCGAGCCUGGGCUCCCCCUCUCCAGAGCCCUUCUCUCUCUCUCUCACUGUAUGGGGGCCCUGCUUGCUGGCAGGUCUCCAGCCCCCCAGCGGGGAAGGCCCCUGGCACUGAGCGUGAGAGCUUUCCUCAGCUGCCUCGGGACGGUGGACAGGGACCACCCAGGGGGACCCUGGCUAUUGCGGGUUCAUUUUGUGUUUGGAUGAUUCCUCCUUCCGCUGGAGCCAGCCAUGAUUUUCCAGUUUCCUAGUUCCAGCUCAGCAAAACCCCCACUUACUUUCCCACAGAUAGACUCAAGGAGACCAGUUUCCAGCACCCCAUCUCCUAGGCCAUGUGUCCAUCUCCAGGUCAACAUCCUUGCUCUAGAACUGCCCCUUGUCCAGAAUCCUGAAACCCUGGAGGAAUUCCAGAGGACCCCAGUAAUGUAUCAAGACUCUUCAAGUCCAGUGGUCCUUAGCGCGUGAGGACUCCAGAGGGCACUUCUGGAGCCCUGAAAGCUAUAGGGCUUCCCCGGGAUGCUGGAAUCUGAGGUCGCUUCUCCAGCCCCAUGAAAUAGGGUAAUCGUCCUCCAGAACUGUAAGCUUAGAAGGUUUCUGGUACAUCAGAAUUGAGGGAUGCUCUAGGAAAUCCUGAAGCACUGUAGACAUUUUCCGGAAUCCCAGAUCCUUAAAUGAUCUCUCAGAAAUUUUAAAACUGUGUGUAGAAUUUGGGAAGAAUUCUCUGAACUCUCUAGCUGGGGAGGGGGAUGUUCAGCAGAGCUUGGAAGGCUAUCCAUGAGUUUCUAGAAUGCUGGCAAAUCUAGAGAUGAAUCUAGAUGUCUAGAGCCCUGGCUGAAUUCUCCAGAUCCUUGGGGACCCUCCCUCUCAGCCAGUGCAGGAACAGGAGUUUGGCUGGAAGCAUCACUGUAGGACUUAAGGUUAGGAAGAGCACACCUGUGGGUCCUUGUGCUGCUUUUGAGGUCUCCUCUGGGCAUUCAACCCCAAGAUAGACCCCAGCGGGUGCAGAUAAUGUGAGACAGUGUGCAGACCCCACUGCCGAGAACAUCUCCCUCCCAUCUCUGCUCUGGCUGCACCAGCCUCCUUUCACCUCCCAGACGUGUCCUGCCUUCUCUCGGGGUCUGUCUGCCCUUUGUCUAGUGACACAUUUGCCCCAAAUUCAUAUUCAGGUUUGUACCCAACAGGUUGAUUUCAGCCCCUCUGAGGGAUAGUUUGUGUUCUCUUAGGUGACUUCUGUUGUUGUGCCCUUGUUGGGCUUCCAGAGAUCCCCCUUCCUUUAUUUUAAUGGUGGGGGCAGUGUGGUGCGGGGGGGGGGGGGGGUCUUGCUAUGAAGCCCGGCAUAGCAGCCAGCGGAAGUGUAAGCAGGGGUCUACUGGCUGUCAGGCUGGAGGUCUGGAUAGUCUCUAGGCAUCGGAACGUUGGGCAG